AAGCUUUCAUGGGUGCGUCCAUGCAGAUAUUGGGAACAAUGUGGAAGUAGUUGCUCUUUCUGGCUUUUUCUGCCCGUAGCAGCCGAUCUUGACAGAUGUUUAGAGAUCAGCCAAAGUAGUGUAAAUUAUAUGCCAGCGGAGCAUAACGAAAAACUAUAUAACCAGGUCGUGACUAAUCAAUUAAUAAACUAUUUAUUCCACAUAACAAGUGCUUAAAUUAUGUGAAAAAUGAAACGAAAAAAAUAUAAAAUGGAAUAAACUUGGAAUAAACAAUUGCUAUAGAAGUUAAGAUGCUCUCCCAUUCUUUUAGGCAAUAUAGGAAAACACAUUGGUCUUAUUGGUGACAUAUGCGUUUAUUAAAUAUCUUUUUAUGUAGGAACUCAAUGCACAAAAAGUGGAGAGGUUAUAGUCUUCUCCCUUCUCAUUUUUCUCUACAACAACCCUGCGAAGUAGGUAGAGCGGGCUGACCCCGAUCAUUCAUAAAUUUCUGUGGCUGACGAGGAAUUAAUUUCCGGGUCUCGUUUGUGCCACACGCUAUUUCCACAACUGCUAAACAUUUUCACCAAUUCAAAAUUAGAACAACACUUUUGCAAAUUAUAUUCGUCCUCGCUAAGUAAAUGAAUACACAAAAAAUACCUUGGAGUUUUUUUUUAAAUCUGGGUUGCAAAAACAUGGAUAACUAACCUAAAGAGAGGCAUUAAAAAAAAAUCCUUGUUGCCAUCUAUCGAUGGUUUGGAUUUCUGCAGCGCAGAAAGGAACCCUUUAUCUGCAAGAUAUUAUUUGUGAGAACACUAUUACACAGAGCAGAAAGAAUUUGAAUGUCCUGUUUGCUGACGUAUCCAUUCGAGUACAAAGGAGGCAAGAGAAGAAACAGUGAAACAUUGUAGCCAAUCCCUUCCGAGCCCGGGAAAUUCGAACGCGCUCAGCCAAUCAAGAGAGGAGGACUCGGCUAUAAAUACUCAGCCUUCUAGAGGCUACUCUUAUUUUCUGCUUUCUACUUCGGUGGGAUUGGCUCCUCUAUAGGCGAACAAUGGCCCGCACUAAACAGACCGCUCGAAAGUCUACCGGAGGAAAAGCUCCUCGCAAGCAGUUGGCUACCAAGGCUGCCCGGAAAAGCGCUCCAGCCACUGGUGGGGUGAAAAAGCCUCAUCGUUAUCGCCCCGGCACUGUCGCCUUAAGAGAAAUCCGUCGUUACCAGAAAUCGACCGAACUGCUCAUCCGUAAGCUCCCCUUCCAGCGCCUGGUCAGAGAGAUCGCCCAAGAUUUCAAGACCGAUCUCCGUUUCCAGAGCUCCGCCGUUAUGGCCCUGCAGGAAGCCAGCGAGGCUUACCUCGUUGGCCUCUUCGAAGAUACCAACCUGUGCGCCAUCCACGCCAAGCGGGUGACGAUUAUGCCGAAAGAUAUUCAGCUGGCGCGCCGCAUCCGAGGCGAGAGAGCUUAAGUUUCCUCUUGCCAAUAAAGCAAUCCAAAGGCUCUUUUAAGGGCCACUCACGUAUACCAAGAAAAGAGCUGCUUCGCUUCCGCUUGUUUUGAGAAGGCUAUCGCGGUUUGUAGCGUACACGUACACGUUACUCCCGUAACGAUAGAACUAUAAGUAAGUCUUGGCCUCUCCAAAAUUUGAAUUUGCAAAUGCGGAUUCAACAUGGCAAGGGAUUCUUAGUGGACCACGGAGUGGUCUACUGCUUUCUCAACACCCACAUUACUAACUUAACUGGGUUAUGGAAAGUGACCUGAACGGGGUGGGGGGCUAUGGGCAUUCUUUUUUUUAAUGAACAGCAUUUUUCAUGACUUGAGCCAAUGAAACAUGUUCAAAUGUUUUGAGUAACCUGUUGUUGCAAUGGUUCACACAGUACAGUAUAUCUCAAUGUAAAAAUGUUUAUAAAACUUUAAAAUGCUACGGUGCCACUGGAGAUUAAUACCUUUUAAGAGAAUUAGUGCUUGCUUCAGAAUUAUUUUUUAAAUCUGAUGAAUUAAAUUCAUAUGAGUUCAGAAUUUUUCCAAUAGGCUUUCUCUCUGUGUGUGGCCAUAUUAAUGCUGGCAGUGAAAUGUCUGCAUUCUAUCCAAUACCUGUCCUGGGGCAUUAGCUUGGCUGUAAAAAUAAAAUGGGAAUUCAGGUGGAUCAGUCACAAUGAUAGCCAAUUCUUCCUCUAAGAAAAGAAUACCCAGAGAUUUCAUUGUAGGAUGAGUGGGCUGCAUAUUAUUUUGUAGAAGUUAGAAGGGAGAAAAGCUUUUCAGAUGAAAGACAUGCAUCUUGAUAAGCAUGUAUAUGAUUGUAGUUUUGCUUCUCUUAGGUCAGCUUUGUAAAGAUUUUAAUUUGAGUCCCAUUUUUCAAUAACAUUCUUGUAUAAACCAGUUGCAGUUAGUUUGUAAGGAGCAGGUUUUAAAUAACUGGCUUGUGUGCUAGUGUUGCGCAGCCUAUUUGAGAGGAGAUAUUUUUUUGAAUUUUGACAACAUAUACUCUGCCCAGGAUAGCUACUGUGGGAGAUUUGCAUCUUCUCCAAAUAACUUAACUUGAUGGGCAAAGCUAGUUAAAUGCAUACAUAUAUUUAUAUGAAUUAAACUUAUAUUUGUAUACCAGUGAUUGCAUGGCCUCUGUAGAUGCUGUACAUUAAAUAAAAUAAAAUUCAUAGGAAUUACUUUUCCAGGAUAAUCUCUACUAUAUCAGUAGGAGCUUUGGGGCUGUAUGAUUAUACUUUUCCUUGCAGAGUGUUUUUUUUAAAAAAAAAAAUAUUAAAAUGAUAAUUUUAAAAGAAAAAAAUCAGGGUGACUCUGAUUCUGGAGCAUUAUGUAAGUGAUUUAUAUCCACAGACCUCAUUCAGAAGCUUUAUCACAUCAAAUAUCCAUCUCCUCCAGCAUUUGUUCUUUAUCAGUGAACAAUAAGCUGCUGCUUAGCUCUAAUGUAGACAAUGUGCAGACUUGUUUCUAUAGUGCUAUUCUAUCCAUGCUGGCUGCAGUUCACAGCCAUGAUUGAAAAAUAUAGGCAAAUUGGCAAUCUGCCAUCAAUGAAUUUCUUGGAAAUGUGGCUUGCUUUUAGAGGCACUUGCUUUUCCUUAAUGGACUUUGGGCUUCUCAUAACAGGAGAUUAUUAUGCAAGUGAUAGAAGGUUUGAAACCAUCUUUUGGAUGAGAUUUUGGCGUGGAGCAUAAGAUCUUUGAAACUGCUUUUUUCCCCAUCCUUCAGAAGUCUAGACUAGCAUUUCAGCAUGUGCAGAAGGUCUGCUUUGAAGAAAGGGAGUGGUUCUAAAUCCCUUCUAUCUUCCCUUGAGUGUUUUGCAUCUGAACUAUAACAUUCAAAUACAGGUAACCCUCAACUUACAACCGCAACUGAGCCCCAGAUUUAUGUUGCUGAGUGACAUUUGUUAACUUGAGUUUUGCUCCACUGUAUGAUUUUUCUUGCCACAUGUGUUAAGUGAAUCCAAAAUUUCUGUUGCUAAGGGAGACAUGAUACGGAGGGGGGGGGGGAAUGCUAGAAUAGUCAUAAGUGUGAAAAAUGGUCAUAAGCCACUUUUUUCAGAGCCAUUGUAACUUCAAACGGUCACUAAGUGAACUGUUGUAAGUCGUGGACUAUCUGUAAUUAAAAAUGAAAGACAUAUAAUCCAGAUCUGUAAAGGACUCCAUAAUUACAGGCUAGCACAUGAUGACUGUUUUGAAAGGAAAUGUACAGUAAAUACGAAGAGCUGCUGGCCCAGCUUGCUGAGUAUAAACCCUCUUUUCCAUAUGCAAAGUGAAAGGAAUGCAUCUCCCGUGUUGUUCCUUACUACCUCAUGUAUCUUCAGCAGACAUCUUUGAGGUACUGUUUGUAAUUUAUCUUUGCUUUGAGAAAAGGCAGAGACAGAUCUUCCCAUCCUGUUCUUGUCCAAGGGUUCCCUAAAACAAUACUGCAAGUAAUUGUGGGAAAUUCAGAAGUCCAGAGCACAGUGAAGAAAAAGAGGAACCCCAAACAAAGCAUUUUUUUUAAAGAAAUAAGGCUACAAUGCAGGAAUUCGUUUUAAGGAUGCCACAGAGAUCUUUGUCCAUCUACCUGUUGUCAUUUCUAUUGUUAGGUGAACAGAAGUGAGCAAGUCCAUUAUUAAAGGAAACAGAAUCCUGAGGUCAUCCGCUGAUGGAGGGGAAGAUUGGAGUAUCUCAUCUGUCUCCUCACUAUGUUGCAACUCUCUGGUUAGGGCUGCCCUUGGGCUGCUCUGUGAGUUGAUAAGGAGGCUUCUAUUCUUUGGUUCAGGGAGCUUUGUCUGGAGGGGCAGGAAGAGUCAAUCUGGGUCUGAUAAGAUUAGGUAAAAAGAGAAACUAGUUUGCCCUGGUCAUGACCAAAAGACAGACAGAAAAAGAGUGCAGUCUCCAUUUUGUUUGUUAGAUCUAUUUAUAUCACCAACCAUCUCAAAUUCAUGGUUAUAUUCUCUACCACAAUUUUCUACAAUCCAGACUCUAAACAUUAAUUUGCAAAUGGGAAUGUUUCAAGCCUAUUGAUAUAUCAUUUUCCUGAUGUCAGAAAUGAUUUGCUUCCUUUUACUUCACAAGCUUGCAGUUUCCCAAAGUUUAAUCAGAAGCUGUUCUGGGAUGGGAAGGAUCAACCUUGUUUUGUUCAGUCUUGUCCUAUUGCAUCGUAGUACCGGUAAUACCCACAGUGAACUGACUUACCAUCCAUUACUCCUAAUUCAUUUCACAAAAGUGGAAAGAAACUUGGCGUACAAAGGAGCAAAUCUGAGAGCGCAAGACCUUCAUUCGGUUUUUAAUAGCAUUUCUUGGCUAUAAUUCUUUAAUCCUAAAAUCAUAACUCACAAGAGAGUAAUUAACUCUAUGACCUGUCCUCACAUUUGCAACUUUCCGAGGGCUGUAAAGCUGAAACUCCUCAAAACAGAUGUAGGUUCACUUAGAGAUUGCUUCUCUUAACAACCAAGUGGCUGGUCCCAACUGUGAUCACUAAACAAAGAGUACUUGCGUUUUCAUCUGAUAAAUUUGGGAGGGCAGGAGGGUGCUCAGUAAUUAAGACCAAAUUUGAUUGGACUUACGUUGCCUACCAAGGCAUUUUAUUUACCAUAGAUGGCCUUGAAAGCAAACAUGAUCCUCCUUAGAUGGUUUUUGCAAGUUUGUUUUCCUUAUUUUUUUUCCAUAUCCAUUUUCUAAAGUACUUUUCAUCACUUAAAAGCUUAUCUAAGAGAGUGCACAAAAGUAUAAUGUGCUAAUGUAAACUCACUAUCCUCAAGAACUGACUGAGACAGUCACAAUGACCUGAAUUCCAAGAGGGCAGGGCACUGGGAGAUAUAUUGCACAUACCCCUCCAUCCUCUGAUUUCCCCCCACACACAAAUAUUCCCCUUAAAAAAGGGGGGGGCUAACUGGCUUUAGGUCAGGUUACCCUCUAACUUUCCAUGGCUGGGUAUGGUGAUACCUACUUCUUAUUCAUUCUGAAAAACACAUUGCCUGAUGGAAGGCAAACCUUUUCUAGUGAAAGAUAGUGUUUAUUUGACUUAAUCCCAUUAGGCCACCUCAGCACAACCCUCUUCAAUAAUACCCCUUUUUAUUUACUAGACAGCUCCAAAGAUAGGUUUAAGCUGGGGACAAUGUAACUUGUAUAUUCCCAGGAGUGUUGUUAUGGUGCUUUCCAACCCAGUUUGCCUCCCUCUGAAGACCAAUUAAAUGUGGAGGGAGGGGAGGAAGGUGGAAGAGAACAACCUUUCAUUGGUUUUGGAACUUUUUCUUUUCCACUCCAGUAAUAUCCAAAUCUCCAAACCUGCUGGGGUGUUGAACUGUACCAUUUCCAUGGAAACAGACCAAUACCAGGUAGAACUGAAAGAUAAUUUUAUGUCUUCUGGUUUGGGCUGUGUAUGCCUGAUCUUGUUCAAUGCACAUACAUGUUACUACCACAUUUUGGACAAUUUCCAGACCUUCGAGCCAUAUUAAUGGCUGGUAAUGUUGCCUCCAGUUACUGAAACAUGCAGAGCCUUCUCCACCCUCAAAAAAAAAAAAAAAAA